UGGUUUGUUUCCUUUUAUGGCACCAAUUUCCGGGUUCUGCAGACUGAGAAAAGAAGAAGUAAAGUCAUAAUUUGUUUGCUGCUUCUGUUGUUCGGGUCAUACCUAGAUUUCUCGUUGAGCUGACGCGCCAACGACUCUGUCUGUCUGUGACAUCGUAGAAGAAUGUCGUAUCACAACAUGGAGCCAGACUACGGCCAGGUCCGAGUGCCCCCCGGGACCGCCCCCAAACCCUACUCUCAGGGCAUGUCCUACAGACAAGGCGGCCAAAGCUACCGUCAAGUCAAUAUUGACCACUACCCGGAUGACCCAAGCGGCUACCCACCGCCGCCGCCCCCAGACAACAUCCCCAAGGGCUACAGCUACGACCCGGAGGACGACUUCCCUCCCCCACCUCCCCCGGCUCCACCUCAUGCAUAUGCAGAGGAAGACGGUCACUUGUAUGGGAACAUCUACGGGGGAGAGGCGCGCUACAUGAGGACAGAUGACUACAGACCUCCGGACUAUCAGUCUGUGUCUGAUGGUCCGGCUGGGUACCCCGGAGAGUCGAACUACGCCAACAUUCAGAUCAACGUAGCACCACCCACACCCACCAGCAAAGAUUCCCCGGGAGGACACUACGACCAUACAGCGGGUUCCAGAGCUGCUCUUUCUUCCCCUCGUUCCUCUCAAGGUCAGCCAAUGCGACCCGCAAGUGGAGACCGCCCGGUGCCAGGACCGAUGGUACCACCGUCUGGCGUCAUAUAG